CUGGUUCUUGGGAGCCAGGGGCUGAGUUUCUCCGCCUUCCCCAGCAGAGAGAAGAAAAUGCUCGGUAAGUGUCCAUUGAAAUUGAAGCCUCCUUCUUCUGGAGGGAGCUAGACAGCUCUCCAUCUGUUAAAAACACAGCAUCUGUGUCAGAGGGGAUAGUAAGUGGACGCAGGAGUUGGUGUGAAGCUCACUUGGAGGAUGUGCUACAAAGGCACCUUGCUCUGGCGGGGCCUCCCUGGCCUCAGUGGGUCCUUGGGGGCUGAGGCCCACGGCGGGGAGGGGCUGUGUCUCUCCAGAGACCUGCCCCAGGUCUGGCCCUGUCUGUGGGUUCUGGUGCAGGGUCCAGCUGCAAGGCAGCCCAUGGCUUCAUGGUGGGCCAGGAAACCAGGGCAGGAAAGCUGUGAGGCCCUAGUGGUCAGACCUCAUGGCCAGAUCUUGACCCCGAGGUCAUGGAGGAUAUGGGUUCUGAGAAGGGACCAGAGUGCUCCGGGGCUGAAGGCGUGUCCACAGACCUGGGGCAGUAGUGCUGGGUGGUGGCGUCAGUCGUACUCCCCAGCAGGAUUGUCCCGAGGGGGAGACCCUGGCUCACCCCCAGCCCUGUCAGCCGUCCUGCGAGGUGGUGUCGUGUUGUCUGAGUGGUGAUGAGGUCCCCCUGCUGUCCUCCCAGUGCCUGUUUCCCGACCAGGAAGUGUGUGGAUGGGGGUUUCCGCACUGCCUGGCCUAGUGCCUAUUGUCGAGGAUGCGGGUGGCCAGAGGAGGGACAGGCCAGCGGUGCCCAGGGCAAGGUGGGUGCUCCCAGGCUGGUGUGACUACAGGUCGGACCUGUGCUGGGAACAGAGGUACCAGGUGCCGGUGUUGGGCACGUUGCUGCUGACCCCGUCCUUGAUGGCCACAGCUCGGGGAGGGGCAGCCCCAUCCAGCUCACGUCGUAGACCCAGACGCAUCCUGUGUGGAGAGUUCGAGGAGAAACGGCUCCGUGUCCGUCUCUGUUGCUCCCCUCCAGGGGGUCCUGACCCUGGUAGCUCGGUCUUGUCCCUGCCCUGGGGCCAGCUGAGCUUGGAGCCAUCCAACACCGUGCUCUGGAACCAUCCGCUCCUAGGUCAGUCUGGGGCAGGAGCGGCCCAGUUCUGCGUGCACGGAGGAGUCCUUCCACCAGGGCCUGGCUCAGCUCCCGGCUGGGAAGUAGCUGCCAUCCCUCAGGUCCCCAGACCUUGGGGCUCACUAUGAUUCUGUCAUCCCACACCCUGCCGUGGGCUCUGCUCAGGCUGCUCCCUCAUCUCCAGCCCGUCAUGCACUGGAGGGGACGUGAGGUGUUGGGCAGAACUUGCCUCCCGUGCUGUGGCUGGGGGUGCCGGGGGAUGGCGUGCAGUCUUCCUGAGCAGGGAUCGUAUUGGGGUCUGUCCUGUGGGUACACGGAGAGGCUGCUGGUGUGUUGGAGGGGUGUGUGCUGCCUGGGUGCGUGCGGGCUCCCCAGGGGCUUGCGUGCUGUGGUCUGUGAGCACGGUGCUGCUUUUUGGCCUCCUUAUCACCCAUCAGGCUUGUGUAACCAGGCUCGCCCUGCUUCCUGCUUCGGAACUAUCAGUGUACCAUCUGGAGCUGCGAAUGGGGUGAUCAGAUGUCAACGGCCUCCCCGCACCCAGGCACUUCCUAACACCCAGCGCCUUUGUCUCCCGUGAACGUCCGGUCCCCCCGGGGCCCUGCUCCCCUUCCCAGGGCGGGUAGCUCCAAACAGGGGUGCAGCCGUCCCGGCUCAGGGAGGGCCCUCUGUUGCACAGACACCCCACUCACUGCCAUCCUCCUACUAGUCCCCAGUGGGUCUUUAUUUAAGGAUGCAGCGGGGAGAGAGGGUGUGUGGAUGUCCGCUGCAUGACCCUGGGUGAGGCAUUGCCCCUCCUUGGGACUCGGCUGGCUUGUCAGUAGGCCGGGACGGUCUCUCUACCUCACGGGGCUGCCGUGGGAACACAAGCAUGUGAUGUGUGCUGCACGGUUGGCACAAGGUUGCCGUGACCUGAUCUCCCUUGCGUGACGGGACCUGGGACUGUGCUGGCUGAGGACGUCCGUUCCAGAGAGGAGGCUUCUAGGCAGACUCAGACGCUCGCUGGUUGGGAGUCCGGAACCCAGCGGGAGACCUGGGUCUGUGGGCACCGUGCUGUACACCGCAGCCAUUCGGAUCUUCCUGAGCGUUUUUUAGGAGAACAGCUUAGCCUCUGGUGCCCAGUGGUGGGACGUGGUGAGGGGACAGGCGGUGACCCACUUGGAGCUCUCCACAGGGAGCAUGCCCCACGGGGAGUGGCCCUUCUGGGGAGACCUCCUGGGGACAGUCCCACGGGGGUGCUCUCAGCCCAGUCCCUUGCAGGACGGAAGGCCCUGAUGCGAGAGCUGAGCGCCUGGCUGCUGAUUUGCGCCUGCAUGGGUGCCUGGGUCAGCGCGGCCGUCUCCGUCCAAGGGGAAGGAGGAGGGCUCGGGGCCGGGUCUGUCACCUGUCUGAACAACAACAUCCUGAGGAUCCACUGCCGCUGGUCGGCCCCGGAGCCGGGCUGGGGCCCCCGUGCCUGGCUGCUCUUCACCAGCAACCAUGCACCGGGUGGCCGGCAUAGAUGUGUCUUCCGGGCCGGGGAGUGCACCCUGGUGCUGCCCCCCGAGGAGGUGCUCGUGCCUUCCGACAACUUCACCAUCACGCUGCACCGCGGCGUCUCUGGGCAGGAGCAGGUCAGCCUGGUGGACCCGCAGUACCUGCCUCGGAGACAUGUGAAGUUGGACCCUCCCUCUGACUUACAGAGCAAUGUCACCUCUCACUAUUGUGUCCUGACCUGGAGGGCCAGCCCUGCUCUGGAGCCCCUGACCGCCAUCCUCAGCUACGAGCUGGCCUUCAAGAAGCAGGAAGAAGCCUGGGAGCAGGCCCGGCUCAGGGACCGCAUCGUCGGGGUGACCCGGCUCUCGCUGGAUGCUGUGGAGCUGGACCCCGGGUCCUGCUAUGAGGCCCGGCUGCGGGUCCGCAUGGCCACCCCGGAGAUGGACGUGGAGGAGGAGCUGCGCUACGAGGGCCAGUGGAGCGAGUGGAGUCGGUCUGCGCGCUUCCCCUCACCCCAGAGCCCUGCCGGAGGCCCCCUGUCCUCCUCUUGGGGGCAGCCCAGCAGCAGCACCCUCGUUGCUGUGCCUGUCUUUCUGCUGCUGACCAGCCUGACCUACCUUGUGUUCAAGCUUUCACCCAGGGUGAAAAGGAGCCUCUCCUGGAACGUGCCCUCUCCGGCGGCCUUCUUCCAGUCCCUCUACAGUGUGCACCACGGGGACUUCCAGACCUGGACAGGGGCCCACAGAACCGGCGUCCUGCCGAGCCGGGACAGUGGCCGUUCCCCACGAGGAGCCUCGGAGUCUGGCGUCCAUGAGGACAUCGCGUGGCUGACCUAUGACCCGGUGGACCCCUGGCAGUCAGUGGUCCUGGAGGAGGAGCAGGAGGGCCCUGGGGCCGGCCUCCUGGAGGCUGCGCUGCUGGCCGGGCCUGUGGUCCAGGGAGGCCAGCCGCCCGCCUACCUGCCGCAGGAGGACUGGGCCCCCACAUGUCCCCUCAGGCCAGCCCCCCCACCGUCAAAUGGCGGCAGCGGUGACUACUGGACCCUGGGCUGCUCCGGGGGUUGCCAACUCCCCACCUUCCCAGGAAACUCACCGAGCGCAGGGCCCAGCCCGGCUUUGGCCCGGGGCCCUUCCUGUGACCAGCAGAGCCUGGACGCCCGGCCAGGAAGUAGUGCUGUGGGAGCCAGUCACGGCGAGCGGCAAGACCCCACUGCACGGGUCGUGUGAGGACCCCAGGGCCUUUGCUUCGCCCCCGCCCUUCAUAGUCACCCGGUUUCAUCUAGAAUGCUGACUCAGCUGACUGUACAAAGUCCGUUUUGUGGAAAACGGAGGAAAGUCUUUCUGAGAAUGGAGCCCUGCGCAGACGUCCUGUCCAGAUGGGGGCAGGCCGGUCGGUGACCCCAACCCCCAGCCUCCCUCCCCUGGCCACCACCUCCCUCCCUGCUCUUGGGCUCCGUCCCGGCCCCCCAGAGAAGGGCAGUGUUGGCCCCGACCCCUUAGAGGGCUGGCUUGCUCCCAGCAGGCACGGCUGAGGUGGUGCCUUCUCAAGCUGUGUCUCCUGCUGUGACUCCAGGAACCGGCUACCUGCGGGGAGAGGGGCCCCAAGGUGGGCAGGGGGACAGGGUCUGUCUAUGCUGGGGCUUUCUGGGGUGGGGGCUGCUGACGUUUGAAAGGGAGGAGCAGACGAGCCGGUCCCUCUCCGUGGGGCGCUGGUGACCCAUGGGCUCUGCACAGAGACAAGCGCUUGUGGCCCCCGGGUCCCCAAGGUGACAGGCCCUUCUGCCUCAGACAGGCAUCCCCCUCCUCCGCGCCUGUGGAGCCCCUGGGGUUUUGUGGGGAGCCUCAGCAGAGCCAGAGCGUGGUCAGCAGGGGUGAGGCAGGGCCCAGAAGGUAUUUGUAGCCGUAGAGAGCGGGAGGGGUGUGGACAGACGUGACGUGCAGCAUCUUCAGUUCUAACCACGGAUGAAAAAAACCAGCGUGAAUUCAUGUCCUGGAACCCACCCCUGGUGGGCCCUGGGCCGGGGGCUUAGAGCAGCCUCUGUGAGCAGCGUGCCUCCUGUGGCUUCCUGGGGAACCUAGACCACCUGUGUGUGACAAGUGACCCCCACAGCUGGGAUGCCUCUUCCGUGUGGCCAGAGACAUUGCUCCUGUGGGUCCCACGUUUUCUCUUCACGGUGCCCGGAGCCAGAGCACCCCUUGGAGGCUGUGGGACGGUGGAUGAGCUGUGCUGGCCCCUCCAGCCGUGGGGCUCCCUGUCCUUCCUUGUGCUGCUGUGAGUUCCCCUGCUGGUCGCUGCACACCUGCGUGCCCAGGAAACGCUUGCUUCCCCCAUUGUGAGGAGACGGCCCGGGGAGGCCGUGUGCCGGGGUCCCCUCGUUUGAAGACCGCAGAUGAAGUGGUUGAGCCCUGGGCCCUGAGGGGUUCGGAGUGCAGGGGCCUGGGAAUGGAUCCCGAAGUGGGCGCGUGCUUCCAGGAGUUGGAGGCAGGGCAGGGCUGGAGAGAAAGGGUCCCAAAAUGUGGCCGGCUGGAUUGUGAUGGGCCUGGGAGGCCAGACUGAGAGCAGUGAGGCAAGUGGACCUCCCUGGUGAGGGGGGACGUCCAGCAGUCUCUCUCUCUGUUUUUGUUUUUAAAGAUUUUUUAAUUUUUAAGUAAUCUCUACACCCAAUGUGGGCCUUGAACCCACAACCCCCAGAUCAAGAGUGCCUUGCGCCGCUGGCUGAGCCAGCCCCCCCUGUGUUUUUCAGUGUGGUGAAAUCCUCGUAGCUUAACCCCAACUUUUAAAGGGCGUAAUGCCGUGAUAUUUAUGCAUGAUAUUGUCCGACUGUCCUCACUCCCGAAGAAAGCCCCUUCCCAGUGAGCAGCCGUCACCCCCCACUGGGCCCUCCACGUGCCCGUCCUCCGCAGCUCCCCUCCUCCCGUCUCUCCCGGGCACGCUGUGUCAGCGGCCUCCGGCUCGGCCUCCCCCGCCGCGUGGUGUUCCCCAGGCUCACCCGUGUGCGGUGCGGGCGGCUGCCUUACUGGGGCCGGCCAUGCCUCCCUUGCGUGGACGGACCACGUUCACUCUUUACCCCUCUGGAAGACAUGUGGGCUGUUUCCACAUUUCCCUGCUGUGAGCGGCGCUGCUGUGAACGCUGAUGUCAGCUUUUUUUUUUACACCUGUCUUCUGUGUUUUGGGUACGUUCCUACUAGUGGAAUUGCUAGGUCGUAUGGUGACUCAGUGUUUAGAAUUUUUGAGCAACUGCCAAACUGUUCUCCACAGAGACGUCAGCACCUUCCAUCAGUGACGUACUCGCAUCCCCCUUCUCCACAUCCUCACCGACUACUGUUAGUGUCCUUUCCUAAAUUUGGUUUGUUUUGUCAGUUUCCUUAUUUAAGGAAUCUCUACACCCAAUGUGGGGCUCAAACUCACAACCCUGAAGUCAAGAGUCCCGUGCCCAGGGCACCUGGGUGGCCCAGUCCAUUGAGUGUCUGACUCUUGGUUUUGGCUCAGGUCAUGAUCUGGGGGUUGCGCGGUGGAGCCUGGCGUCAGACUCCGCACUCGUUGUGGUCUGCGUGGAAUUCUCUCUCCCUCUGCCCCACCCGCUGGUCUCUCUUUUCCUCUAAGAAUAAGUCAAUACAUUCUUAAAAAAAAAAAAAAGAGUCACGUGCUCUUCCGAGUGAGCCAGCUAGGGCUCCUCGGAUGGCCAUUCUGACCGGUAUAAAGGGGUACCUCAGUGGGAUUUUGACUUGCGUCUCCCCAAUGGUUGGUGAUGGUGAACAUCUUUCAUGGGCUACUGUGUCUCCUCUUCGGAGACAAGCUGUUCAAGUCCUUUGUCUAUUUCCUAGUUGGUUUGCUUGUCCUGGUGUUGUUGAGUUGUCAAAGCUCUUUGUAUAUUCUGGAUACUGAAGUCAUAGUAGAUAUUCCAUCCCCAAACAUUUUGUUAAAUCCUGCAUGUUAUUUGGUGUCUUACACGUGGGUCAUUGCCGAAUCCAACCCCAACAAACACAUGAAAAGAUGCUUCCCGUCCUUAGACAUCAGGGCAAUGAACAUGAAAACCACAGUGAAGCGCCAGUUCACACCCACGAAAGCGGCUGUUAUCUAAGAAAACCGGAAACGGCUUUUGACAAGGAUGUGAAGAAACUGGAACUCUCGUGCACUGAGACGAGAGAUGACAGCAGUGACCGUUACACGGCAGUGUGAACGCUCACUUGAAAACGGUGAAGAUGGUAAAUUUUAUGUUGUGUGUAUUUUACCAGAGUUUUAAAAAUAAAAACUAAUGAAA